GCUGCCGCUGCUGUUGAUGAUGUGGUUUGACGUUACUGGUAUGUAUCUUUUGUCCUGAGUAAUGCGUGUUGAUAAGCUGGUGGAUUCAAUAGUUAAGAGUGUGAUGAUGGAUUGACGUUUGCAGCGUUGGAUGUAUGGUAUCGAAUGGGAGAUUGGGGAUGAUCUGUGUUUUGAGUACAGUUCUGGUCAAGAAUGGCUGUCAUGUUAUGAGUAAAAUGGUUGGGAGCUUGAAUUUGGGUUGUUGUUAUUCUUGCUGUUCGUUCUUCUUUGGGACGGCUGUAUUAUGCAAGAUUACGCCCUCACUCCUUCCCCCCGCCAUAGUCAUUCCCCACAGGAUGAUGGAGUCGCUGCCCGCUCCAGACUCAAGGGAGCGGAGCGGUGGUGGGUGCAUUGGUGAUUCUGGCCGCGGUGGACGGGGGGUGAUCAUGAUGAUCGAUGGCGACGACGAUGGCGACGACGAUGGCGAAGUCUGCGACAGCAGGGAUGCUGUGCUUACCUUAUCGUCAUUGACCUCGUCAUUGGCAUCAUGGCAUCAUGGUUGUCGUCGCUGCCCUGAUCGAGGCUGGGCUCACCAGGCAGAUUAUAGCCUUCGGCGCAAAAAGCAUCGCCUGGUCUGUUAUCUCCGACCGUCCGCCAUUGUUCCCAAAAUGUCAGUCACAUGAUGAGCAUGCGAUUCGCAAUGAGCAUAACUCUAAUUCCUCGAUGGGGCUAGGAUCAGACCCCCUCCAAGCCCAUUCUCCCUUCCUUCUCUCCGCACUGCUCCGCUCCUUCAGUGGGC